AUUUGGACACCAGCUGGUAUGCAGGAGAGAGAGAGAGGCUGCCUCUCUGUCUUCCCUGUCAGCUAUGGCUACUUCGGGAAGAUGGAUGCUCUGGACCUUAUGUGUGUGUUUCACCGCUUGGGAGAAUGAUGCACUCAGGAUAAACAUGAGGGAAUCAUUUGUGGAGGUAGUCCGAGGGGAUUAUGUCAUCCUGCCCUGCUCCUUCUUUACCUCCACCCGCCUCUCCAGGCUCAACAUUAUCUGGACCAUGGCUCCCUUCUCCAGUCCAGACACACCAAUGCAGGUGAUAGUGUAUGACCACGGACAGGCCGUUGAAGACCCCUCCCUAACGGGCAGAGUGGCUUUUAGAGGUAUUCCGUCCAGUGCAGACAUCAUCCUGAAUGACACAAGAGUAUCCGAUGGUGGUAUUUACCACUGUAUGGUCAACAACCCUCCAGAGACUGCUGAUCCUGGUAUAGGAGAGCUGGUGCUCAGUGUUCUGGCACCACCAUCGCUGCCUGCGUGCCAGUGGGAUGGAGAUAUUGAUACGGGAGGAAGUGUCAGGCUCUCCUGCUCAGUGGCCGAGGGCAUCCCCACUCCAGAGAUUCACUGGGAUAAAGUUAAUCCAGAGGAAAUCUCACUUCCCAUCAACAUGGAGGGGGAUCUGUCGGGGUCGGUCCAGAUUGUCAACGUGUCAUCUCAAACGUCUGGCCUGUAUCGCUGCUCUGCCAGUAAUGUGCUGGGAACGGAGCACUGCUACGUCAACUUGUCCAUCUACGCCACCCCUGAGAGCUCCUCAGGAAUACUGCAGGCUGUGCUGCUGACCUUGUCCAUGAGCCUGGUGCUGCUGGCUUUGCUAGUGCUCGUCCUGUGGCUGCAGCACACUGGGCAGAACGGGAAGUGGCGUGAGAGGAAGGGAGAAGAUGAGAGGUGCUAUAACGAGAUCCGGUACACCCCAUCUCUGAUGAAGCGCUCCUUUGUUUGAUUGUUUGAAGACUUUUGGGACUCUUUGAUGUCAAGAUGAUAGGUUUUUCUUCUCCCUGAGACUACUGCAUGUUUCUGUUACAACAUUCCACAUUUUGAAAUAAAUGCAGUUGUCAGUGGUG